AUGGAUGCGAUAUGCGUCACCCCAACGGUCAAUCGGAAAGACCUCCUCCAGCACGUCAACAAGCCCAAUAUUUCUCGGGUAUUGUACGACGUGGAAGAGCAUCCGACUCGAACCCCUUUAAUGCAAACUCUGCAGUCUGAGUACUCCAGGAUGGACAUUGCCCACGAUCCAAGUAUUGCAAAGAUUCGAGAAUCUAUUGAUAAGAGCGAUAAUACCGGAUCUGAGAUAUUAAGUUUAUUGAUGAAACACGGGACCUUCUCUCAGAAGCAGCUCAAGUCAUUAUGGAACAAAAGCAAGGACAUUCUUGCUGAACUGGGACCUUGGGCCGCCGACAAGUACAUCUCCGAGUUGGUCAAUCUAUUUCUGGAGAGGGUCGACUCGCCAACAACAUACAGCGAUGGCUGGAACAACGAGGACAGAACCUACCUCGCAGGGCAUUUGAGACAGGUCGCUGCCAGUCCCCAUCAGCCCAAACUACCGGCCGGACACAACUUGGCCGAUAAGACGAACAAACUGAUUCAGGAACUCCUUACAGCAGAUGAGGACGUGGUGGGUAUCAUAUUCGUCAGAUCAAGGGCUGCCGCCAAUGUCCUUUGUGCUCUAUUAAAAGAGCACCCCGAGAUUCGGAAUCGUUAUCGCGUCGGCUCUAUAGUAGGAUCUGCAACUUCAAAGAUUCAAAAGCAGAAUAUCUAUGAAUAUCCUUACAGUUCCAGUACCGAGAUAUUACAGGACUUUAGAUCAGGCGCCAUCAAUCUUCUGGUUUCGACGAGUGUCCUUGAAGAGGGCAUAGACGUCGCUGCAUGUAACCUCGUCGUCUGUUUCGACGAGAUAGCCACCCUCAAGUCCUAUAUUCAACGCCGUGGACGAGCCCGCAAACGAAAGUCAAGGAUGAUUGUACUUGCGAGAUCUACAUCUGACAUGCGGGAAUGGGAUUCCCUGGAGAGUGAGAUGAAGAGUCGUUAUGGGCGGGAAAGAGAAGAGUUGGACAGAUUGGAGAUAGAGGCUCGCACUGAAGCAACGAGUUCCAUUUCGUAUACUGUACCAAACUCAGGAGCUAGAUUGGAUCUUGGGAACUCUCGCCAGCACCUCGAACAUUUCUGCAACAAGGUCUUUCAGCGCGAUUACGUGGACCAAAGGCCUGUGUACGUUUUCCACAAGACAGAACUGGGGACGGCACUUCCAACUUUCAGUGCCACAGUCACUCUUCCGUCCGCUCUGCCUCGGCACCUCCGUAGGUGCCAGGGCGGAGGCGGAUGGAGAUCUGAAAAGAAUGCUAUGAAAGAGGCAGCUUUUCGUGCAUUUGUCGCGCUGUACCAAGAAGGCUUGGUUAGCGACCACCUCCUUCCCCUGAAUGCAGACUCAAAAGAAGAAGAAGAAGAAGAGACGCAACUGACUGAGCCCGAACUUCUAUUCAACCCGUGGCAAGACGUUGUGCAAAAGUGGCAGACAGCCGCCGACAAAUGGCUCUAUGCUUACGAGUUCUUCGACCACGAGUACGUUACUCCUCUUCGUUUCGAGAUUGCCCUACCUGUAGACCUUCCGCGACCCCGCGACAUCACUGCCCAUCCAGAAGUGGGAAUUACGUGGCAUGUCAAAUGCACCUCAGUCAGGAAAAUCUCAAACAAAGAAUGCUCGGGCUUACCGGAUCAUACAUCCACCCUAUUGGCGAUGCAUUUUGGUCACCGCUGGAACGUGGAAGAUCGAGAUCAUGUGAUCAAGUUAAUUUACGAGACCAAGGGUCUCUCCCGGGACCGAAUUGGAUCUGUACCCUUCAGCGAAGGUAUCGAUGCUAUCCUGGAAAAAAGAGUCCUAGUUCGGGACCCUAGAAAGACUCCCUUCCACUACGUCAAAACAAUACCUUCAAAGCCCCCGAGGGAGCAAGUUCAGCACCCGUUCAACGAGUACGAAGAUGCGCCAGAAGAAACGUACCUAGUUGUAGAGCAAUGGACGCGCAGAUCGGAUCUAUUGCAUGAAUUGAGACCUGGGCAGAGUGGAAGCUCCUGUACCAAACCCUACCGCUGGGUUCUCCCCAUUUCCAGGGCGACUGUGGACGAGAUUCCCCGCCGUGCCGUUAAGUGCGCUAUGCUUAUUCCUUGCAUCAUUCAUGAAUUGGAGGUUCAGCUCAUUGCAUCGGAACUAUCCUCGACACUUUUAGCGCCAGUUGGCAUUGCAGAUUUGCAGUUGGUGAUCGAAGCCAUCAGCUCACGCAGCGCCGCAGAGCCUGUCGACUAUGAACGUCUUGAAUUCUUGGGCGACUCGGUUUUGAAGUUUUGCACGGUUACUCAAGUCUACUCAGAGCACCCCUUUUGGCCCGAAGGCCUACUGAACCAUUUCAAAGAUCGACUAGUCUCCAACACCCGAUUGGCUCGCAUGUGCCUCGAGACAGGCCUAUCCAAGUUCAUCCUUGCCAAGACAUUCACCGGCGUAAAGUGGCGACCAUUAUAUAGAGACGACUUUCUGGACGUGAAGCCAGUCGAUGGCACAUCGAGGUUUAUUGGCCCGAAGACCCUUGCUGAUGUGGUCGAGGCACUUGUUGGAGCCUCUUACCAGGAUGGAGGCAUGCACAAAUCUCUGAAAUGCAUCAAAGUCUUCUUGGGCUCCAAGUGCAACUGGCAUGAUGACGGAGUUGCCAGAGACAUACUAUUCCGAGCAGCACCCAGCGAUAUGCAGUUACCACCCGCGAUGGAGCCUUUAGAAGAGCUAAUCGGGUAUACAUUUAAGAAGAAGUCUCUACUCGUUGAGGCUAUGACUCACGGGUCUUAUGUAGCUGAUGGGCAGCAGCGAUCUUAUGAACAACUCGAGUUUCUUGGGGAUGCGGUUCUUGACUAUAUUAUCGUAACACGGAUGUUCCGAUUCGACCCACCAGUAUCCAAUGGACGCUUGCACAUGAUCAAGACCGCCAUGGCCAACGCCGAGUUUCUUGCUUUUACAAACAUGCAACAUGGAUUGCGACGGCCUGAAAUUGAAUUUAAGGAUGGAGAACCGGUGUCUACCGAAGUCUCACUGCCAAUCUGGAAAUUCAUGCGCCACGGCUCUCCAGAGAUGGGCAGAGUGAUGAAUGAGACACAGGCCCGAUUUGAAAGUCUUCGAGAUGAAAUCAAUGCGGCUAGGACCAAUGGUACACACUACCCCUGGACACUGCUCGCACGUCUUCAUCCCAAGAAAUUCUACUCUGAUCUUUUUGAGGCCAUUCUGGGUGCUAUUUGGGUUGAUUCAGGAAACAUCGAAACAUGCGCAGCCUUCCUUCACAAGUUCGGCAUCUUACCGUAUCUCGACCGAAUUCUCCGCGAGGAUGUUCAUGUUCAACACCCGAAAGAAGAACUCGGAAAACUAGCAGCCGACCAGAAAAUUGUCUAUGACUAUACUCCGGUUGACGGGUCUAUUAAAGAGUACCUCUGCACGGUCAAUGUUGGAGAUCGUGUCGUGGGAGUCGUGUCAGGGGCACUCAAUAAGCUUGAAGCCAUGACCAAGGCUGCCGAAGAGGGCGUAAACCUUUUGAACGCGGAGCAGAGACGUGCAGAACAAGCGGCACAGGAUGAGGCGGCGCGACCCCUUGUUGCCAUGGACCUCUCUUAG